AUGCUUCCAGCAAUCAUCGACUGGUCCGCUGCCGACUUCCCUGGCGUUGCACUCGGCGACAAGCUCCGCAACGUGGUCGGAUACAAGUCAACAUCCCCAAACUGGGGGAGAUCACCAGCUUCUUCACCCAACGUUUCCGAGGCCAACACACCCGCAUCAUCUCAGCCCGGCUCCCGAUCUGCUUCCAUCUCGCCAGCGGAGCGCAAGACCAGCUCUCCACUUUCUCCCUCUAAGAGUCUGUUGUCCGGUGGUUACUUCGCCUUUUGA